AUGAGGUCUUCGAGGAUCCUUCGCCGCGCGCCCCUGCGCGGGGCCGUCCCCCGAGCCGGCGGAGCCACAGCAGCUCCCUUCGUGGCACCGUCGACAACGACAACACCCCAAACCCCGUCCCGCCGAGCGGCGAGCAGCCUCUCCCAGCGGCCCGACGCGAACCAUGUCUCCUUUCCCGGCGCCGUGAAGAGCGCCUUCACGAACACCCUCAAGUUCGAGACCCCUGGCGACUACCCCGCCGUGCCGACCUACCGCGUCGUUGACCAGAACGGCGACGUCGUUGACGAUGCCUUCGUGCCGGACCUGAGUGAGGACGAGAUCGUAAAGCUCUACAAGGACAUGGUUUUCAUUUCGGUCAUGGACCUCAUCAUGUUCGAAGCCCAGCGCCAGGGCCGGCUGAGCUUCUACAUAGUCUCGGCGGGCGAGGAGGCGCUGAGCGUCGGCUCGGCGAGCGUGCUGACCCCCGAGGACGUGAUUUUCUGCCAGUAUCGCGAGCAGGGUGUCUUCAAGCAGCGCGGGUUCACGACGGCGGACUUUAUGAAUCAGCUGUUUGCGAAUUCCAAGGACCCGGGCAAGGGGAGGAACAUGCCGGUGCAUUACGGCAGCAAGGAAUUGAAUAUUCACACCAUCUCAUCACCCCUGGCAACGCAGCUGCCGCAAGCUUCGGGAGCGGCCUACGCUCUCAAGGUCCAGCGGAUGCAGGACCAGUCCAUACCCCCGCGAGUGGUUGCGGCGUACUUUGGCGAGGGUGCAGCCAGCGAGGGCGACUUCCACGCGGCGCUGAAUAUUGCGGCCACGAGGUCAUGCCCCGUCAUCUUCAUCUGCAGAAACAACGGGUACGCCAUCUCGACACCAACGCUGGAGCAGUACCGGGGCGAUGGAAUCGCCAGCCGGGGUCUCGGAUACGGCAUCGACACCAUCAGAGUGGACGGCAACGACAUCUGGGCCGUCCGGGAGGCGACCAAGAGGGCGCGCGAGAUGGCGUUGGAGAACGGGGGCAGGCCGGUCCUGAUUGAGGCCAUGACUUACCGGGUGAGCCACCACAGCACGUCGGACGACUCGUUUGCGUACCGCGCCAGGGUCGAAGUCGAGGACUGGAAGCGGAGGGACAACCCCAUCACGCGGUUGCGCAAGUACAUGGAGGCCAAGGGCAUGUGGGACGAGAGCAAGGAGAAGGAGUGUCGAGAGUCGACGAGGCGGGAGGUACUCAAGGCUUUCAAGGAGGCCGAGAUGGAGAAGAAGCCGCCUAUCCGGGGCAUGUUUGAGGAUGUUUACGAGGAGCUGACGCCAGAUCUGAAGCAACAGAUGACGCAGCUGCGUGAGCAUCUGGAUAAUUACCCAGACGAGUACGAGUUGAGUGAGUUCGAGGGGGGCAAGGACAGCUUGAAGGCGUAG